AUGGAUACUCACGCGCAACCAACAUCGUGGUACGACGCCAUGAUGACGUACUCGUUACUGUCAUCCGCCUAUCCUACCGUUGUCAGAUACAUCUCCGGCGCCUUCAUCGCUCUGGGCUUCAUGUUUAUCAUACCCAUCAUCCUGCUCAUUACAGUGGACUUUGGCAUCUACAUUUACAGGAUAUGCUGGAGUCGCCCCUGGAACCGAUAUCAGAACCAGCCAUCACACCCGUAUGAGCAGCGGCUGCAGCAACUGCAACUGCACAAGCUCACGCCAGAAGUCGUGGAAGGGACACCGAUCGUGACCUCGACGGCGACAGGCGCGGCGCGGAAACGUAGACAGCAUCUAAGCAAGUCUGGGGAUGGUAACGACGUGUCGUCCGGGUAA